AGCGGCUGUAACAACUGCUGCGGGGCAUAUGCACCGUGAAUGCUGCCAAGGAUGGGAGAGCCAGUAGCUUCGGAACCGCGGUUGUUUGUGGGGCAGGUACCGAGCGACGUGCGAGAGGAGGACCUAUGGCCGCUGUUCACGCCCUUCGGGACGGUCAGGAACCUGCACAUGCUCAAGGGGAGCGAUGGCAAGCCCAGGGGCUGCGCCAUGGUCCUCUUCCAGCGCUGGGCUCAGGCCGAAGCUGCAGCUGAAGCUCUGGACGGACAGCUCGUCCUGGAGACCGGCGGCCAGAGGAAGCCGCUGGUUGUGCACUUCGCCAACCCCAGAAGAGCACCUCCCGGACAGCCUGCCGAGCCCGGCAUAGCUCCUCGGAAGCUUUUCGUUGGCCAGGUGCCCCGGGACGUGACAGAGGACACCCUGCGGCCUCUCUUUGAACCAUAUGGCGACAUAGAGCACAUCAACAUCUUGCGGACGCACAGAGGGCAGAGCGCAGGAUGCGCGUUCGUGCAAUUCCAGAAGUGGGCGCAGGCGGAGGUGGCGAUGGAGGCGCACAAUGGCAAGACGCGGCUGGGCAACUCUGAGGUGCCCCUCGUCGUCAAGUUUGCCGAUGCCAAGCGGAAGGACGCCGUUGCUGGCCAGAUGCACGGUGGCUGGAUGGGCGGCCAGAUGGGGCCGCCGCGGCAUCUCGACAUGUAUGGCAACAACCUCGGCAACGGCCUCAUGGGCGGGCAGCUCGGCGGCAUCGGCGGUAUGGGAGAAUACCACAAUCUGGGCGGCAUGCUCAACGACAACGGCCUGCUGAGCUUGGGCAUAGGCAACGGCGGGCCGUAUGGAAUGCAGGAUCCCAACUUCCUGGCAAACGGUCUCCUGGGCGGCAGCUUAGCCAACUCUCUGGGCGCGGGCGCUCUGGCCGACAGCCUCGGCCUCACGCAGGGCCUUGCGACGAUGCCCAAUGCGCCGCAGAACCUGCAAGGCGGCCUGCCCGCAGGCUUUGGCAUGGGCGGCUUGGGCAACGGGCCUGAUGCGCUUGCCUCGGUGAGGCUUCUGGACAAUGGCUUUGGCAAGCUUGGCCU